AAAUCGCAUUAAAGUAGUUAAAACAAUUUUUAAAAAGUCUGUAAAUACUUAAGAUAAAUUUAAAAUAAAUGAAUGACCGAAUGAAUAAUUCCUUUCAAUUGGCGUUAAUAUUUUCGAAGGAUGGAGUGAAAUAAAAGAGUGGUGACCCAGACCAGUCACAUUAGACAGCCUGUUUAUUGAACUAAUUCGGUGAAGGAAGCAAUCAUCUACUCUGUACUAUACGCAGCGUAAGAGUCGUUAGUUCCUAACUAUUGCUGGUCUGGGAGUUGUUGGACACUCACUAUCCAGUUGUUAACGUUGUCCUCGUAGAACGAUGACAUGUCUUUGGAUGCCAAUACCCACUAUAUACAGUUAAUUUGUCAAGAUAAUCUAAGUUCUAACUCUCUAAUCUGGCAUCUGACGUCACGGGACCUUAUCGACUGUAACUCCUCUCGUUGACCUUUAUUCUUUGAUUACGAUGUCUGCAAGUUAGAACGUUUUACCUAAUUUGAUUCUAGAAGAAUUCUGUUCUUCAUUUAUGGAUGUUUCACGAGGUGGUAGGAUGAAUCGUCCGGGUUCUAGGCUAAGAAGACAAAGAAGCCAAGAAUGGCAAGAUUAUAGUUCGUCAGAUAACGACGAAGAUCUCGAACGCCAGGGAUAUCGCUAUUCAGAAGAUCACGGACAUCAAUAUGAAGAUCCCAGAGUGGUUGUUGACAGCAGGAAACAUGAUGGAGAUAGAGGAAAAGGCAGAGGUAACGGAAAUAAAGCCAACGGAAGCAAUAGUAGUGGUAGAUCAUUCAGUCACAGUAGUGUAGAGCUUCUUCCUGCCAGAAAUUUUCAAGGAUACAGAGAAGCUGAUAAUGAUAUGGAAACCGAAAACUGUUACGGGCAAACACAGAGAGAUGGAAAUGUAAUAUUAACGGGAAAGCAAAUGCAGUAUCCAUCGUACGCUUCUCUCCCUCGCCAGAGCCACAAUCAACAAACCAGAGAACAAGAAGUAAACAGGGAUAGUCAAAGAAACAUUGCCAAUAUUAAUAAUAACUCCAGGGGACGCCUUUAUCUUUCUUUAAGGAGAGGACCUUCUUCAUCUUCCACGUCGGAUAACAAUUCCGAUGCUACUUAUACCGAUUCGGAACCGUUCGCCAGAAGAAGAGCCUUAGAUGGUCAAAAUGUGUUUGGUGAUAGUCCUCCCGAACCCGCUCCCGGUACACUCCCUUCUAGAACCACUCCUCCAGUUUACCAUAUCGAAGCACUGGGAAGAAGGCCCAGAUUGGGAUAUUUAGAAAGCGAAUGCGAAUCAGAACCACCUUAUUUACCUAACAUGCUGUCAGGAGGAUUAUCUUCGUUUGAAUCACAAGACAUUUCCACAUUAAAUCCAACUCAGACGGUUCCUGAUGCAACGGCGCCAUCUUGCACCGGUGAAGAUGGAAGAACGAAUAUCAACAAAUUAAAUAAGACGGAUAACGAAAGGAUAUAUAGUCAACCGCAACAGGUUUUAAUUCCUAAAACUGAGGGAGCGACCUCGGCAACCAGCACAGCCACCACAGCCACUCCUAGUGCGCCUCCUACAAGUAGUCCAAAUACGGGAGGGCCUACUUACAGCAAUCCUUUACCAGUAUUCUGUAGCACGCCUAGUUCAACAACGGGCCCUAUGGUACCUGUUCCUAACUGCGUGAAUCCUCAACUUAUCCAACCAGCCACGGCUCCUGCUAGAGUCAGGCAACCUUUCUCUCCAGCUUCGGCAUUUUCAUCUACAGCCAUCUCUUCAUCGAGGUUUCAUUUCCAGAAGUCUUGUAGCCAUAGAUGUUCUUGGAAGAUGUCUACCAUUGUUCUUAUAUUUGUAACUACCAUUCUAACGGCAACAAUGACUUAUUUUGCAGCUAUGAGUUCUCUUAGCGUUUAUCCAGAAAGCAACAAACCGUGCAUUGUUGUUUCAGAUAGAGAAAACACUAGAAGUACUACAGGUCCUACAGAGCUUCCAACGAACAUUAAAGGAAUAGGACUUCCAGCCCAAUCUGCUUGUUUAGUGGGGUUAACGGACACGGCUAUUUACAAAAAGAUUAUAUUGGGCACAGUUCUAACGAAAACUCUGCCAGCACACGAAUCGUGGAAUGUUUGGUUUAGUCAACUAGAAUCUACUUUUGUUCGUUUCAACUUUUCGGUUUCUCACGGUACUCGACUAGCUUUUUUAGCAAGGAAGAACGAACCACCUUCAAUUACUGCUUAUGAUAUUAUGGAGGUGAUAGCCGAUGAGCACCGAUUGUACAAAAGAGCCACGAUACAACACGAUGAAGUUAAAUUUUUACAUCAUCUGGACCCCGGUACUUGGUACAUAUCCAUUAUAAAUGACGAUAGUAAAGCCGUUAUUGUAAAUUUUCACCCAACAGCUGCUCGUGACAUUCCAACGACGUGUCCCAAUGAUUGUCAUGAACACGGUAACUGUCACCUAGGAAAAUGUCAUUGUUUCCCAGGCUACAUUGGUCCCGAUUGUGCAGACAGUGUUUGUCCGGUUUUAUGUAGUGGUCACGGUAGGUAUGUUCAUGGUAGAUGUAGAUGUGAACCCGGUUGGAAAGGUGCAGAAUGUAGUGUCCAGGCUGAUGAGUGCGAAAUUGCUGAUUGUAACGGUCAGGGAAGAUGUGUGGAUGGUACUUGCCAAUGUAAUUCUGGUUACAGAGGAUUGCACUGCGAAGAGGUGGAUUGUUUGGAUCCCGUAUGUUCCGGGCACGGUGCCUGUAUCGUUGGUCAAUGUUGGUGUAAAAUUGGUUGGAAAGGAGCCAACUGUAGCGAAGCGGAUGGUCGCCUGAGCAGGUGCUUCCCUGAUUGUUCCUCGCAUGGUGUAUAUGAUCUAGAAACAGAAAGAUGUGUUUGUUUCGAACAUUGGACGGGCGAAGACUGUUCUAAAGCCAAAUGUACACUAGACUGUGGUCAAUAUGGACAGUGCGAGGAAGGUCGUUGCCACUGCGAAGACGGGUGGACGGGAGAGAGAUGCGAUCAAAGGAUAUGUGAUCCUAGAUGUUUGGAACAUGGCCAGUGCAAUAACGGAACUUGCAUCUGUAUCCAAGGAUGGAUGGGAAGGCAUUGCACUUUGGAUGGAUGUCCUAAGGGCUGCAAUAGUCAUGGCCAUUGCAUCAGAGAAGGCGAUACCUGGACGUGUCACUGCGCUGAAGGAUGGGGAGGGAGAGAGUGCAAUGUGCCUCAAGAAGCCAACUGCGACGACGAGGUGGACGACGACGAAGACGGUUUAACUGAUUGUGCAGACAGCGAGUGUUGUGCCAGAGAAGAAUGUCAGGACAGUCUCAUGUGCCUUUCUUCGCCCGAUCCUUUAGAUAUAUUAUUAAGAAAGCAGCCACCAGCUGUCACUGCUUCGUUUUAUCAAAAAAUGAAGUUCCUCAUCGAGGAACAAAGUGUGCAGAGUUAUGCACACAGAGAUGAAUAUUCCGAAAGCCAGUUCUGGAGUGCCUUCGUCAAAAGCCGGGUAGCCGUUGUAAGGGGACGGGUUAUAAGUCGUGAGGGCAAUGGUCUCACCGGCCUUAGGGUCAGUGUUGCCACAGACCCUCAAUUCGGCUUCACUCUAACCAGGAGCGAUGGAUGGUUUGACAUAUUAGUUAAUGGUGGUGGUGCUAUUACCCUUCAGUUCCAAAGGAACCCUUUCCACCCAAUCAAAAGAACAGUUAUGGUGCCAUGGAACGCCAUCAUUGUAAUGUCUCCAGUAACAAUGUCGGCCACAAUCGAGCAAGAGCAACAAGGAGAGAUUGGUGAAGAACAAGAACCUUGCAUAGAUCAUGAUUACGAUCAGAUGAAGCCAAUAGUCUACCAAACUUGGAGGCCAGGAUCUCAAGGGGGUUGCACCACUACCAGCUCUGUGGUGGUGGAGACACAGGUUCUUCAAGAAAGUAUUUCUAUUCCCGGUUCCGAUUUACAUUUAAUAUAUCAAAGUAGUCACGCUCAAGGCUAUUUAUCCACCAUCCAUCUUCAAUUAACACCUUCGGUAAUUCCCGAAACACUUCGAUUAGUCCAUCUUAAAGUAGUAGUGGAAGGUAUUUUAUUAGAAAAAACAUUCGAAGCCGAUCCCGACAUAAAGUACACGUUUGCUUGGAACAAAAGGAAUAUCUACAAACAGAAAGUUUACGGUUUAACCGUAGCCAGAGUGUACGUUGGAUACGAGUACAUCAGCUGUCAAAAGGUUGUGUGGACAGUCAGGGCAACCAGUCUCCGAGGGUUUGACAUGGAUAUAUCCGAAUUAGGAGCUUGGAAUUUGGAUGUGCAUCACCGAUAUAACUUCCACGAGGGAGUUCUUCAAAAGGGUGAUGGUGCCACCAUAUACUUUCGUCAACAACCUCGAGUCAUUUCUGUUUUAAUGGGAAAUGGCCAACAACGUCCUCUCCUCUGUCCAGAAUGUAAUGGUUUAGCUCGAGAUAAUAAACUCCUAGCUCCAGUAGCUCUAACUAGCGGACCCGACGGCAGCGUGUAUGUUGGAGACUAUAACCUAGUUAGACGCAUAACCAGCAACGGACAAGUGUACACCGUAUUUCGAAUGAGAACUAGCGAGGUUUCGAAUCAAUAUCAUUUAACACUAAGUCCCACUGAUGGUCACCUGUAUAUCUCGGAUCCCGAAAGACACAAAAUCCUUCGAGUGCACUCUUUGGAUAAAGUGGAAGAUCCCGAUUCGAAUUUCGAUGUUGUUGUGGGUAGUGGAGAAAGGUGUCUUCCUCGAGACAAAGAUAACUGCGGAGAUGGUCGACCCGCGCUAGAAGCUCGCCUCUCUUAUCCCAAAGGCAUGGCAGUUGCAGUCGAUAAUACUCUGUACUUCGCCGACGGUGCUAACAUCCGGAUGGUGGACAAUCGAGGGAUCAUCCAUACUCUGAUAGGAGAUCAUCAUCACAAAAGGCAAUGGAGACCGAUCCCAUGUUCGGGAACGUUGAAAGUGGAGGAGGUGAAACUGCGAUGGCCGACAGAUCUGGCAAUCAACCCUUUGGAUGGUUCCCUUUAUUUUAUCGACGAUCACAUGGUCUUAAAGUUAACGAAGGAUAAACGUGUUAUGGUAGUGGCGGGACAACCCGUGUAUUGUAAACUCAACCACAAUCAGACAUUAAAGACGCGAAUGAUCGGAGAAGCUGCUCUCGGCUCAUUAAUUAGUUUUACGUUCGGUCCAACGGGAGAAUUGUACAUCGCCGAAGUAGACAAGAACAAUGUACAUAGAAUACGCAAGAUGACACCGGAAGGAGAGCUGCUACAUUUUGCAGGAAAAGAAGGUGGUUGCGAAUGCGAAAAACAGAACUGCACGUGUGCAGCGGACGAAGAAGGAGCCUUAGCCAAAGACACUAAACUUUAUUCGAUAUCUUCGCUCACGGUCACUAGCGACGGAGUAGUUCAUCUCGCCGAUCAAGGCAGCCUCAGAAUCUUAUCUGCUAUUCCUUAUCUCCCUCAGCCAGACGAUCAACUCGAAUUUCAGAUAGCGUAUCCCGAAAAUCACGAAAUUUAUGUUUUUAAUAAAUACGGUCAACAUACCAGUACUAAAAGUAUUUUAACCGGUAAGACAAUCUAUACCUUUCUUUACAAUGUAAAUACUAGUUUUGGAAAGCUUUCCGCAGUGACGGAUGCUUCUGGCAAUAAAGUGUCCUUUUUGAGAGAUUCGGGAAAUAGUCUUCACACCAUAGAAACUGCUAGAGGACAGAAAUGUCGCGUCCAAGUCACCAAACAAGGACUACUCGAAACAAUAGUCGAUCCCGAUAAUCUAGAGACAAAGUUCGAGUACGAUAGCCUGGGACUAUUAGUCAGUAGAUCAGAUGCUACCGGGAGAUCGUUCUUUUAUCUGUUCGAUGAAAACGGUCGAGUCACCGACAUUGUAAGAGCUAGUGGAAGGGUGACCUCGUUGACCUUUGAUCUUAGCCCCGUCGGUGCUUCGGUUUUAUCAGUCGAUCAAGAACAAGGCAGUCAAUUGAUGGUGACCGUAAAAGGAACGAGUGUCAUCACGCGGGAAGGAGGCAUUCCGAUUGAAGCUAAACUUCAUCAAGAUGGGGCCAUAGAAAUAGAAACGCCGUGGCAGCAGGGAGUCGUUUGGGAGCCCGCUUCACAUUUCGUUCUGCAAGAAAUGCUUCCGGUCCAAGCGGGAAUGUUUCCACUUCCUGUUAAACAAACUACAUUUUUGGGUGUAGAGCCAACUAAUGUUGUUGAAUGGAACUACGAUUUAAAGUACAGCAAACGUGAUAAAGAUAAGGAAGAUCGAGGAAUAUCGGCUGUCGAAAGAGUUUUAUCUGUGAAUGAUUUCCAGUUUCUAACAGUGGAAUACGAUUGGGUUGCAUCCAGAGAGAUCUUCUACAAUAGCUCCAGAAGACCGUUCCUGGUGGUCCAAUACGAUAGCUCUAGUCGACCUAUCCAGUGGCUACCUACUGACACCAGACUCCCUCUGAACGUCAUGUAUGAUAGACUGGGGAGACUAUCGGGAUGGCAACAAGGCCCACUUGCAGAAACGUUUGGUUACGACAGAAUGGGACAUUUAUCCGAGAUUAAGUACCCGGAUAAUGCAGCCAUGAGAUAUAGCUACGAUGGAAAAACCAUGCCGAGUAAAGUGGUGCUGCCCAGUGGAAGAAGAUAUACCUUUCAUUACGACGAUAACGGAGGCUUAAAAUACAUCACUACACCCAAAGGAACACGCCAUUCGUUUUUAUCGUUGAUAUCUAUUGGUUUUUACAAACUUUUUUAUAUACCACCAGGUAAUAGUGGACCAUACGUUGUUCACUUUAACGAUCACAGACUACCCACCAUGAAGAUAUUUCCCGGUGAUCAGGGAAGAAUCUUAUAUCGAUACAGCAAUCAAAGCUAUGUCAGUGCCAUUAUUUAUGGAGGCGGAAAGGUCGAAAGAAAUUACACAUCCUCUGGAUUUGUGGCAUCGGAAUUCUGUUCCGGAAACGACGUCACCGUUAAAACAGAUUACGCUUACGAUGGAGCAUUGCUAACAAGCUGGAAACAGGAGUAUUUUUCUCCGUUUCACAUGACCAGUGCUGCUUUUCAUUAUCAAUACGACCGAAUGUUUCGAGUAAAAAUGUUCACGCCGAGAAUCGGUACUUUACAGUUGCAAUCGAUCGAAUUCCGUCACAAUCCGAAAACAGGUAGAAUAGAACAGAUAGGCGACUUUAAAUUGUUCGACAGAACUCAAAACGAAACAGUACUGUCAGAUGGAAAAGCUUCCAUUUCUAAACAAGUAGACGCACUUCAUCGUCUGAGACAGACAUCCCUUGUCAUUGGAGAUAAGGAAGUAUUCAGAAUGGAAAUACAAUAUGACAGCAGGAACUCGGUCACCCAGUCAAAAAUGUACACUUCACACGCUCCCACCAAAUCUACCGUUCAGAAUUUUUCCUACGACGAAGACGGGCAGCUAAUCGAAAUGGUAGGAGGAGACCAUUGGAAAUUCACCUACGACGAAAACGGCAACUUGGUUACGAUGCAAUACAUGGGAAAUCGAAUAGACAUUUUACACGAUAUCGGAGACAGAAUCGUAAGCUUCGGAGACACGCCUUACGUCGUCGAUGGAAAAGGUUUCGUCAUUCAAAGAGGCGAAGAGGGAUUCUCCUAUAAUACACGAGGAGAAUUAGUAAGAGCUUCGAGGAACGGAAAGUACGAAGUUUUGUAUUAUUACGACGCUAAAGGUCGAUUGUCUGUCAGAAAGGAUCAUUUCGGCAACGUCACCCAAUUUUUCUACGCAAUUCCCGAUCGUCCUCAACUAGUAACACACGUGUAUAAUAACGCCGACGGUAGGAUUUUGAGUAUAGUUUACGAUGACACGGACGCACCAAUUUAUCUCACCGUCAACAAAGAUAGCUACUAUGUUGCGUCGGAUCACAAUGGCAGCCCUCUGUUUAUAUUCGAUAAGGCGGGAGAAGUGGUUAAAGAAAUUCAAAGAGGUCCUUACGGUCACGUUUUGUUCGAUUCCAGAUCCAGUUUUUAUUUACCUGUAGAUUUCCAAAAAGGAAUUUUCGAUCCGUUAACCACCAUGGUACAUUUUGGAGACAAAAUUUACGAUUCUCUGGUGGGACAAUGGCUGACACCCAGGUGGGAUGACGUUCUUUAUAAAGUAAUGGAUCCGAGAAACUUGCACCUUUAUCGAUUCAGCAGAAACGAUCCCGUCAACGUCGAUAGAAAACUCCAUAAUAAGCUAGAUCUUUCCGAAUGGAUAAGCAGUCAGGGAAUUGAAAUGGGCGUCUUAGAUUUAGCAGCAUCUAGCAUCUUUGGAGAAAACAAUCCCAAAAAGCCACCGCCAUUGUUUAUCGAUAUGCCUUCGGUACCUUUAGUAUCCGGUUUUGCCUGUGCCGUUCAACAGAAACUGAAGAACUUUGCCACAAUAUCUAGUGUCGAACGUCCAAAAGUCAAACGUGAACAAUUAUUCGAAACUGUGCUUCCUAAGCUCAGCACACAAAGUGUUCCUUUCGGAGCUGGCAUAACAGUAUCUAGAUUAGGAAAUAGAGCUAUAGUUAGAUCUUCGAACGAAGCAGAAAUUAUCCGCCGAGAUGUUUUUACUUCAGUUUUUAAUAAUUCAUAUAUUUUAGAUCUUCAUCUGGUGAUGCACGGACAAGACGUGUUUUAUUUUGUUAAAGAUAGCACUUGGAGAGUAAACGACGAUCUUAAUCAACUACAGAGAUUAGGCACUGCCAUUAAUACUACGGUUCACGAAAGUAAAGUAGAAGAUCAACGAUCGGGGCAUCAACAUGUCGAUAUCAGAGUGCACGCCGAUCACUCGAUCCUGAAUAUUCGUUACGGAAGUACUUUACAAAAAGAAAGGCAGAGGUUAUUGAGACACGCCAAAAAACACGCAGUGGGUCAGAGAUGGGCUCAAGAGCGCGAGAUGAUAUUAACUAAUCAAAGAGGUUCGCGAGAAUGGACAGAGAAAGAAAAAGAACAUAUUUUAAGUUCGAGUUCGGUGCCAGGAUAUCGUAGUGAUUACUACCACUCGGUGGAACUGUAUCCCGAAUUAGCGGACGACCCUGCUAACGUGUUGUUUCAUAAAUCGUCUCAAAAACAUCGUAGGUGACACCCCUGAAUCCGUGGUGGCAUUAUCAAAAUUGCAUUUACGUCAAUGUAAAUGUUGAAGCCUUCAAUCAACCAAUAGUUUUCCGAGAAAAACAAACAAACAAACAAACAAGCUUCCGAUAAUCACUCGAAAGAAGAGUUAUAUGGGAAGAGAUGAUAUUCAACUCUUCCAACUGGUUCGGAAACUUAUUUAAACAUAUACACAUAUACAUACUCCUCUGAUGUUUCUUGCCAACACUACUUUGCCUUAGCUGUGGCUGCUUUUCGUCUGGCAGUGGUUCUACGCAUGCGUCAGCCUUACUCUAUCUAGUGAAGUCUUUUCGCCGUGAGUACUGUUUCAGAUGUACCUCGAGACAGCAGAAAAACUGUCAGAAUAACCCAUUCGUUACAAUCAUUUAUAUACACGUCCUCCGUGAAAACAUCUCCUUUUCGUAUUUCCAGCAUGACGGCUAUCCGCGAUGUCUCUUGUGAAUGUGUAAAUUGUACGUGACCUACGUAUAGCAUACUGUUUCGCUCCAGUUGUGAGCAACACGUUACGUUAUCGGCGUAACUGUUUGUGAUUUCCGACGUCUGUGAGAAUUUAAAAAGAAAAAAAAAAUGGUGUUGAUCACCAAAUUAUCGACAAAUGUCUCGUGAAGGUAUUUCUACAAGCGGACAGAUAUACCGUUUCAACCUGUUGUCCACUAUAUCCUGCCGUAUAUAUAUAAAUAUAUAAAUAUAUAUAUACAGUAUACAUACAAUCUGUAUGGGCUCUGUUCCCUCUGUCCUGGACAUUGUUUUUUUGUAUACACAAUUGAGAAAUGUCAUAAGUGUACAUAAAACUGUAUGGAUUCGUAGUUCGUCAAUUAACUGGAACAAAAAAAAAGAUCUAAUAUUGAAAUCCGAUAAAAAGAAAAAUAUUAGAAACUGUUUAUUAUUAUUAAUUAUUACCAUUUAUUACUAUUAUUAUUAUUAUAUGAUUAUCAUCAUCAUGGAACAUUCGCUGGUGCUGUAUGUAAAUGUUCAUGAAAUAAAGGACAAAUGAUGACGUUGCUUCCACUGUUCAUGCCAG